UGUUUGAAGCCUUGAAUACAUGUGUUGGCACGUACUGGAGCAAGUACUUGAUGAGCAAACAGUUUAAUAUAAUAUUUUAUUCCAGUAUUUCCUGGUCGGUUACACUACUUCACUUGUAGAUUCCACUAUCUUCUUUCAAAAUGUAUUCUUCUCUUGUUUUUACGUGGAUGGAUGGGAGAUACUUAUACUUCAGGCUGUAUUUCUUCCUAGCUAUUGGCAAUGAUGAUCUCCGUGAAACAGUAUAUGAGAUUCUUCUAGCUGCUGCUGGAGCUUCAGGGGGCCUCAUUGUACCAUCAAAUGACAAAAAGAAGGAGAAGAAAUCUAGAUUGAUGAAGAAGCUGGGCCGUAGUAAGAGUGAAAAUGUAAUGACCCAGUCACAUCAUUUAUCUGGACUGGUCAGUUUGUUGGAGACAACGCGUGUCCAGAUGGAGGUAGGAAAAUGAAUGACCUUGUUACCUUCUGUCAGAUGUCAGAUUGCUUCUAGCUUCUGUUGUUCGAUUCACACCAGUAAUGGCAUAGAUAUCUUAUUAGUUUCU